AUGCCGAAAAAAGGCAAAAAAAGGCUAACCCAACGAAAAGGCACCGAUAUUAAAGGUCAAUCCACACGUCCCAAAAUUACACCUACUCAUUUACAGUUACCUGAGAAUAAUAUUUCUGUUAACUCAGAACCAUUUACAGUCACUGAUAGUUCCCUUCCUCAGAAAAAAAUUCAAAUUUUACAAAAUAUUUGUAUUAAACCUCCCGAAAAACAUUUAACUACUAAUGUUGAGAAAGGUAAAACUAGAGUUUCCUAUUACUCUACGAAACCCUCUGAGGACGAGGAAGAAAUAAUUCAACCAUUAGUAAACAAAUCCCAAAAAUAUAAUGUUUUCAAACUAAAUGAUGGUUCUAUACAAGACUUUUCGGAAUCACGACCUUCUACUUCAAGAGGAAUAUCAACCUCAGCUUUACCUAUGAACACGAGGAAAAGAUCAUUUUCAGAUGAUUCUGAUGAUUCUGAAAAUGAUGUAGCCGAAAUAAUAACCGUAAAAGCUAUAGUGCAUAAUACAACCUAUGACAAAAACAACGACGGUCACGAGAAAGUGCCUGUUAACGUUAAUUUAAAUCAAUCAACUCGGGCCGCUGAAACGCAAUCAGAAGUUUGGGAUUUAAUUCAAGUUGACAAUAUAGAAAUAUUGAACGAGGACUAUAGCGAAAUGCUUCCUCCGUUCACACAUUCUCAGAUGGAAGCUAUUGAGGCAACACUUGCCAACAUCGAACAAAAUGUUCCUGAAAAUGUUGGCCAACCCAAUCGUGCAACAACUAGGGAGGAAAUUGAGCUGGAAAUAUACAGAUUACGGAACGUAGGUAACCACAUACCUACAUACCUCAUGGCGAGCGAACGUGUCUUAAGACGUGGAGUUUCGUACUUGGGUCCUCUCAAUAGGUUGUGCGAAUACUGUUUUGCUCUCUAUUUUCCAACAGAAAUUACAAAACAUCCUUUACCAGCUUUACCCAAUUUGCUUAAACAGCUUUUCCAAGGUACCCAUCCUUUAUCUAAUAAUUUUAAAAGGUUUGUACUUUUAUACAAUCAUGCCUUUCAAUUUGUGUCCUUGGAAGCUAAUUUAAGAGAUUUACCCUUAGGUCGGGCACCGCCAGUAUACGCGAUUCAGGGUAAAAUGUACCAUCACAUAUCCGAUGUAAAUGUUAACCAACCGGUACAACGCUUUGGACCUAUCUACUUUCUUGACCCAGAGGUAGCCGCAAAUCAAAGAUACGAUAAUAAUAAUGGUAUUUUAAACAGAGAAUUAAUUACCAGAUUAGAGCGAUUGUUUAGGGAUAUUAAUCCCUACGCAACAGCUUAUAUGCAUUUAUGUAACCGUUAUAAUUUUGAGUUACAGACUAUCGACAGACUUCGAGCAGAGGCGAUUAGAAACAAUAUAGAGCCGCUGCCCCUGCAAAUGCCCACAGUCACUCUAGAACUAUUAAGUGUUCGCGGAGCUAACAGACGUCAGUAUGACUUACCAGUGGUGGAAGAAGUUGCCGCCAUUUACAAUAUAUUACCGGACACUCUCGCAACACCCAAUAUGCGUAUAUACGUACGUAAUCAACCGGGCAGAUUCCAAAACGUCACCGAAGAGAACGAACUGCUCGAUCCCCUGGUAUUUCCCCUUCUGUUCCCUCACGGUGAACCCGGUUGGCACAUAGGCAUUCCUCAUAGAAAUAAUGCACGCAAUGUAACUCUCUGCGAAUACUCUGCCUAUCGCUUAGCCAUAAGGGACAACGAACAACGAUUCCACUAUGGGGGCAGAUUAACUCAACAAUUUGCUGUAGCUUCCUACAUUAAAAUAGAAAAUAACCGCCUAAAAUAUAUAUUAGCCAAUCAAGAACGGCUAAGAGCGGCUGAAUAUGUAGGACUGGCAGAUUACCUUCACCGCACAAUACAAAAUAAUGACGAGGAAGACGAAGGCGCGACAUUAGGCAGGAUGAUCAUUUUGCCUUCUACUUUUGUCGGCUCUCCUCGGCACCAACAACAAUUAUUUCAGUAUGCCAUGGCAGUAGUAGGUCGCUAUGGUACCCCCAGUAUAUUCCUCACCAUGACCACAAAUACUCAUUGGAGGGAAAUUAUAGACAAUAUUCCCAGAGGUCACUUAGCCAACGACCAUCCCUCUCUAAUAGACAGAGUAUUUCAGGGUAAAGUAGACGAACUUAUGGAAGACAUGCUUAAAUCCCAAGUGUUUGGUAUACCGAUAGCCAAUCUCUAUGUCAUUGAAUUCCAAAAGAGGGGGUUACCUCACUGUCAUAACUUACUGAUCCUAAGAAAUGAGGACAGAUUGACCGAUAUUUUAAAAAUAGAUGCCAUGAUUAGUGCAGAAAUACCCGAUCCACAAACAGAACCCGAGCUAUUCCAAAUAGUAACUUCCUGCAUGGUGCAUGGACCAUGUGGUGAAUUAAACCCUCAGUCAGUCUGUAUGGUCAAUGGAGAAUGCUCCAAAAAAUAUCCUAAAUCGUUCUGUGAAAAAACUACGGUAUCACAAAGAGGGCAGAUUGAAUACAAAAGACCGAAUAAUGGUAGAACUAUUACGGUAAGAGCUAAUAACAGAAAUUGUGUUUUAGACAACCGUUGGAUCGUACCGUACAACCCAUACGCCCUACUAAAAUACAACUGCCAUAUCAACGUAGAGGCAUGCGCCAGCGUGCACAGUGUUAAAUAUCUAUACAAGUACUUUUUCAAAGGAGCAGACAUGGCACUCCUAAGAGUCAACAUAGAUAAUACAAACGAGUACAAUGAAGUAGAAAACUUCCUCAAUGGCAGAUAUAUGAGUCCAACGGAAGCCUGUUGGCACAUUAAUAAAUUUCCCAUGCACAAACAUUCUCAUACCGUAUAUCGACUAUGCGUACACCUACCAGAAAGGCAAAUGGUUAGAUUCCAACCAGGAUUGGAAAUACAAGCCAUGCAACGCAACGAAGUCACGCAAUUAACAGCUUGGUUUAUACUUAAUCAAAAUGAUGCCGAAGCUCGGCAAUAUCGAUAUAUAGAUAUUCCUUACCAUUAUACAUGGGAAACACGCACCAAACGUUGGAAACGUAGACAGAGAGGUGCGGAUAAAAUCGUGGUACGAAUGUACUCAGUAAGCGUAAGGAACCAAGAACUGUACUACCUACGUUUAUUAUUGUUACAUGUUCAGGGAUCACGUUCCUACGAGGACUUACGCACAGUAAACAAUGUACUUUACGGUACUUUCAGAGAAGCUUGCCAAAACCGCAACUUACUAGCCGACGACACAGAAUGGAAAAGAGCCCUAAGAGAAGCUUGCGCAAGAGAUAUGCCUCAACAACUGAGAAAUAUGUUUGCCUUCAUGCUAAUCUUUUGCGAAAUUUCGGAUACGCGAGCGCUUUGGGAAGAAUUCAAAGCCCAUUUUAUGGAAGAUUUUCAGCGCCGCGGCCUAUCCGACGAGGAAGGGCUUCAAAGAACUUUACGAUCCAUUCAAACCGUUUUACUGUUGAACGGAACAAGGCUAGCACUCUACGGUUUACCAGAACCGGAAGAGAUAAGAAUAGAAGUCGAUCCCAUUAACGUAGAAACGGAACGACUAGAAGGUCAAGAAAUGUACGACAAUCUUAACCAAGAACAAAGAAUCGUAUGCGAAGCGAUAAUGACUGCCAUUCAUGAUCCCACCGAGUCCCGUCGACUUUUCUUAGUCGAUGCUCCAGCCGGAUCAGGCAAGUCGUACCUAUUUCAAACUAUUAUCACAAAACUACGCGGUGAAGGGUUGCCCGUUCUGGUAACCUCUCCAACCGGCAUCGCCGCAUCGCUACUAAAAGGAGGUCGUACUCUCCACUCCACAUUCAAAUUACCUUUCGACAUUAAUGAAACGACAACAAGCGGCGUAACUCCACGUUCAGCGGAAGGUCGCUGCCUAGCAACGGCUCCCCUCCUAAUAAUAGACGAAAUAUCGAUGGUCACAAACCUUACAUUCAAUAUUAUCGAACGAGCCUUAAGAGAUAUCUGCAACGAUAAUAGGCCUUUCGGUAACAAAGUAGUGCUAUUAGGAGGAGACUUUAGACAAACACUGCCAGUCGUUGUCGGAGGAAAUAGAUGUACCAUUGUAAACGCCUGCAUAAAAAGCAGUCGACAUUGGCCUCAGUUUUUAAACUAUAUAUUACGUACCAACAUAAGGGCCGAAGAAAAUGAAGAGUUCUCCAGAUGGCUCCUAGACUUAGGCAAUGGGACCUUAGAGCCACUGAGACGAACACCAUAUGGUAACAUAAUACAAAUUCCCCAUGAAUGCUAUGUCAACCGAAUAGAGGACAUUAUAGAGUUUUGCUUUGACGACGUAGAUCCUACGGUAGCUACCCUGAAGGCAAUUUUAGUACCUACUAACAAUUCCAGUCAUAGCAUUAACCAAACAAUUUUAAAUAAAAUACCAGGGGAAAGUAAAACUUACUUCAGCGCUGACAACGUCGAUAUCACUGACGAUCCAGCAGCCGAAGUAGCUAAUUACAGGGUAGAAUUUCUAAAUUCCCUUACCCCCAACGGAAUGCCACCACACAAAUUAGUCCUAAAGGAAGGUGCUAUAGUAAUGCUUCUACGCAAUCUAAAUCUUAAAAAAGGACUGUGCAAUGGUACGAGACUUAUUGUGCGAGUACUAGGAGAUCAGUACCUAGAUGUAGAGAAAAUAAAUAGUGUAGGCAGGCCUACUGGCGAAAGGGUAUUCAUUCCUCGAAUAGAUUUAAAGACAGCGGUUGACGUCCUACCAUUUAAACUUAAGAGACGACAAUUUCCGCUUCGUCUGGCCUACGCCAUGACUAUUCACAAAUCACAAGGGCAAACAUUCCAAAAAGUAGGGAUAUAUCUGGAUGAACCUGUCUUCUCGCACGGACAGCUGUAUGUCGCUUUCUCUAGGGUUAGAGAUCUACAAGAUAUUCAGAUAUGUAUAAAGGAAUCCUCGCAACAAG